AAUUCAACAAAACAAAUGGCUUCUUCUAUUAUCAUCUCAUUUGCAUUGCUUGCUUGUACCUUAUGGUUGACAACUAGUACUUCUUCCGCUCAACUCACAACCGGCUUCUACUCCAAGACUUGCCCAAAGGUGUUCCACACGGUAGGCUCAGUGGUUCGGUCCGCUGUGUCCAAGGAAAAGCGCAUGGGCGCAUCUUUGCUUCGGCUCCAUUUUCAUGAUUGCUUUGUUAACGGUUGUGACGGGUCAAUCUUGUUGGACGAUACAUCUUCGUUUACAGGAGAGAAAACUUCAUUUGCGAAUAACAACUCGGUCAGGGGUUAUAAUGUAAUUGAUGACAUCAAGUCGAAGGUGGAAAAAGUUUGCCCUGGUGUCGUGUCGUGUGCUGACAUAUUAGCAAUUACUGCUCGUGAAUCCGUUGUUGCGUUAGGAGGACCCUCAUGGAAGGUUAAACUUGGAAGAAGAGACUCCAAAUCCGCCAGCCUUUCCGACGCCAACAGCGGUGUUAUUCCACCACCGUCUUCCACCCUCAGCAACCUCAGGAAUAGAUUCCGAGCGGUGGGUCUCUCAACCAAAGACCUGGUGGCGCUCUCCGGUGCACAUACAAUCGGACAAGCACGUUGUACGACUUUCAGAGCACGUGUUUACAACGACACCAACAUCGAUGCUUCGUUUGCUAAGUUACGACGAUCAAACUGUCCACUUCCGGCGGCCACCAGCGACAACAACCGUGUACCCUUUGAUGUUAAAACCCCCAACUACUUCGACAACAAUUACUACAAGAAC